AUGAGCUUCUUUUUCCGCCAUUCGCCCAGCGUAGAAGGGGAGUUUACUCUCAAAGAUCCUCCGGACAAGGCUGGUAGCGAUACCGUGCUCCUGAGCUCCCGUUUGUGGGCAUAUUUGUCUACACCGCAGGAUUCCCGCGUUCUUGUCCUAAUAUCUUCUGGCGAUUCAACCGCACCCUUAUCAAUAUCUCAAGACUUGGAAUGUUUGACUUGUUGGGCGAACGAGGAUCCUGAUACCGAGUGCAUCGCAGUCCCACCUCACUGGCCAGACCUGUAUCCUCAUAUUUUUGGAUCAUUCAGUGGCCGGCGGAAACUGCACCUAUCCUGUGCAGAUGACGUCUCGCUCUCCGAAGUGGUAUUGACAGCCCAAACUCCUGACGCAUACAGUUUUGCAUUGUCCCACAAUUCUGCCCUUGAGGAAUGGCUUUUCAACUCAUCGCUGAUCAUCCGAAUUGGUGAAGAAUUACAUCUUCCCCGAACGGUAUCUCUCUCAAAUGGCGACAUUUCUGAAGCAUUGCACUCGGGGCUCUGCUCGUAUCGCUACAGAAUUGACGUUGCAUACCCGUACUCGCAAGGGAUUGUGCAGCGCAAUGUCACGCAGUUUGUGGUGACCUGUUUCGAUGAAGGAGCAGAAAUUGGAGGAGGCACGUCGGUUGUUGGCGUAUACUCAUCUGAUGCUGAGAUAGCUUCUGAGCCACUGGAGAUCAGUGAAUCUUUUCUCAUCACUGCUGCACUUCCGGCACCCGUGACUCAACAUAAUGGUCUUUAUGAGGGCGAGUAUGUCUCUGCCAUCGCCGCAACGAACGCCUAUUUCCGACUUCAACCCCUUCAGAGAGAGAACCGGGAUGACAUUAAUAAUGACGUUGCUCUGUACCUGCGAACCUCUGAUUUCCGUCGGCUUGGUGUCCUUGAUGGUGACUGGGCUGUCGUGAGCGACCUGGAGUCAUCCCAGGCAAGGCUGGUGCGCGUGUUUGCGCAUGAUCACGAAUCAGUCCCUUCUGGUGUUGUGAAAGCUUCGCCGUCGCUGAUUUCCUGCAUCCGUGUUGACUCUUCCAGUCUGGUUUGGAUUCGUCCGAGCCCUUUUGGUAACCGUCAACCGGCAAUACCAGUGGCUCUUACUCUUACUCUUACUCGCAUUGCAUCACCGUUUUCCACCGGACGCAAGUUCGAGCCUCUUUUUCUUCAAGAAAUACAAUCCUACUUCAGUUCCUGUAAACGCUUGGUCAAACCAGGAGAUUUCAUUAACGUGUUCAUUGACACCGACAGCGCAGAGCUUACUGAUAAGCUUGACAACGGUAAAAUCCCGAUAUAUCGGCUGUCGAGGGGUAACGCACUGGUGUCCUUUGUUGUAGACAAAGUCGACUAUGACCUUACCAAUGCUGUAAAUGACCAUUCCAGUCACCCCCAGUUUGCUCGAGGCGACUACGGCUGUUUUGUCGACUACCAGCGCACUCGGAUCGUGCUGCUCGGAACACAACAUAAAGGCCUCCCAGAUAUACCCAACUGCAAUGCCCUUCAUAACGCUAGUGCCGAACCAGGAGAAUUAUCUUUCUCAGCUGGCACAAUGGAUGCAAUGACUCGUUUGUCGGACGCGCCUCGAUUCCAAGGAGCUGUGGAAUUUGGCAUUCGGCCAUUUCUGCUUAUUUCAGGAGCUCGGGGAUCCGGGAAGUUUACGAUGGCUUCUUCUAUAGCCCGGCGCCUCGGAAUCCACAUUGCGGAAGUACGGUCACUUACUGAACUCGCCCUUCCCGAGAUUUAUUCCUCUGAUCGACAGAUUAACUGUUUUGCGAUCAUUUCGGAAAAUGAGGUCAAUACAGAAGGCAGCUUACGAGCUCGAAUUGAAAUGGCAUAUUCAUGCGCGCCGUGCGCGAUCGUUAUUCGGCACCUGGACGCGCUGUCCCAGUCUACCCCAGCUUCGGAACCAGGAAAAGGUACCACACUGACACAUGCCCUGAACGAUUGCCUAGCAGAUGUGGAAGCCUAUAUGCAAUCCACGGGCAGCCAGAUCUUCGUCAUCGCAACUGCGAGUGACACAUCUAAGAUCCCUGCUAUCCUCCUCUCGCGCUUUACAAACGAGUUUGUACUCAAGGCUCCGACUGAGGCAGACCGAUCGGGUAUAAUAUCUCAUUGCAUGAAUGACGUCAAGCUGGUUUCCGAUGUUUCAGUGGCUUUUUUUGCCACGCAGACUGCUGCACUAGUUGCCAUUGAUAUAGUCGACUUUUUGACACAAGCGGAGACUAUUGCGGUCAGAGAGUCACUUGAUAAAAUUACUUGUGGAACAUGGCCCCUGAGCACCAUAGCUAUUCAAGCAAAUCAGUUGGAACUGUCGCUUUUGAAGGCAAGGACGACUUUUGCUCAAAACAUUGGGGCUCCAAAGAUCCCCGCUGUCAUGUGGGAGGACAUCGGUGGACUGUCGAGAGUAAAGAACGAGAUAUUGGACACCAUCCAACUUCCAUUGGAGCACCCCGAAUUGUUCACCGAGGGACUGAAGAAGCGUUCAGGAAUCUUAUUGUAUGGGCCUCCAGGCACAGGAAAAACGCUGCUCGCGAAAGCAGUGGCGACUUCAUGCUCAUUGAACUUCUUUUCGGUCAAAGGACCCGAACUUCUGAACAUGUACAUCGGGGAGUCUGAAGCAAACGUUCGACGCAUAUUUCAACGUGCUCGUGAUGCAAAACCAUGCGUCAUUUUCUUUGAUGAGCUCGACUCUGUAGCGCCAAAGAGAGGCAACCAAGGGGACUCCGGUGGUGUUAUGGACCGUAUCGUAAGCCAGCUUCUUGCAGAACUAGAUGGUAUGUCUGCUGGAGGUGGAGGCGAUGUCUUUGUUAUUGGAGCUACCAAUCGCCCAGACCUAUUAGAUCCUGCUCUUUUGCGACCUGGAAGGUUUGACCGAAUGUUAUAUCUCGGGGUUAGCGAGACACACGAAGCUCAGCUUGACAUCCUUCGUGCGCUCACAAGAAAAUUCAAGCUUGAUCGUGAUCUCAGCCUCGCGGACAUUGCUAAAGAGUGCCCAUUCCACUACACGGGAGCCGACUUCUAUGCUUUAUGCUCUGAUGCAAUGUUAAAUGCACUUAACAAGAAGGUUGCUGAGUUGGAUAGUAAAAUAGCACAACUCAACCAACAGUCAGAAUUUCGACAGCACCAAUUGACCCCUCAGUACUAUCUCACUGAAAUCGCUGGAUCAGAUGACUUGCACAUUUUGGUUACUCAGAUGGACUUCAUCCGUGCCCUGAAUGAGUUAGUCCCUAGUGUCAGUGCAGUAGAGAUGCAGCACUAUGCUACUAUCCAGAAGAGAUUCAUGCAGGAGACAGUGGAAGAUAUGUAA